UCGUCUGUUAUUGCAAAAAGCAAGCCAAAAAAAGCUGAAAAGAAAACAGGGGUUGUUAAUAAGCAGUUACUUCAUGCUGCUCUUAUCUGUUUACUUUUAGAGAAACACAAACAGCACUGAAAGAGGGGACAGAGAGUCAGUAUUUGAACCAGAGGAGAGGAAAGAACCGAGGAGCGUCCGACUUUUCUACAAAGGAUGGAACGCAUGCUUACUCUGUUUCUGCUAUCUCCAUUUGUUUUUUGUUUUUUUACCAUUGUGACAUCUCAACAAGACAAUGUAUGUUUUAGGCCUGAGCUGGCUGCCAACAUUGAGCUAGAUGGGCUCCAGAGGUACUUUAGCCCCGGUGAGGAGUUAGUGCUGUCCUGUAAACAGGGAUACACCCCCGUGUCAGGCCCUCGGAAGAUUGUCUGCGCUGCCAGUGGAAAAUGGACGACAACUAAAUUCAUCUGCAUACCAAAAAGGUGUCCCUAUCCUGAUCCAUUGUCUAAUGGAGAGCUGUACUAUGAGGAUACUGUGUUCCAGAGUACAAUCAACUACACUUGUGAUUAUGGGUACACCUUGACUGGAGACAGCACUGCUGUGUGCCUUGCCAAUGGAACAUGGAGCACAUCAGUACCGGAGUGCAUUCCUGUGUCCUGUGGUCUCGCUCCAAUCCCGCAGUUUGGGAUGAUAAUUUACGACAAGACGAUUAGAGGGAAUACCAUUGCUUACGGUGUCAGAGGGACGUACAAGUGUCUGCCUCCAUACGUAGUUUUUGGCAACGCAAGAGCAGAGUGCACUGUCAGUGGCAACUGGACCAAGACACCUGAAUGUCGAGUGGUGACCUGCCCUCCACCGGAGAACAUUGACAAAGGCUACAUGUCAAGCAACGACCAGAAAGACUAUGACUACAUGGAAACAAUCAAAUAUGGCUGCAAUGGAGACUAUGUACUUGAAGGAAGCCUCCAGAUUGUUUGUCAGCACAAUGGGAAUUGGUCUGAGAAGCCAUCCUGCAAAGCUCCUUGCAGUGUUGGCAUACAAAAUGCAAGGAUAUUAUACAAAGGACAAAAGAUCUGGAUCAAAGACCUACUUCCUAACAGAGUCUUACACAAGGAAAUUGUCUCAGUCUACUGCAUGGACAAGGCCAGGAAAUGUGGUUAUGCAGUGCAAACCCAGUGCAUCGAUGGGAAACUCAAAAUCCCUGAAUGCUUUGAGCAGCCCAGCGUUCUGGAUUAUAACCUUAAUUCAAGUUUACUUCCAUCAGAAAUCAAACAGUGCUGAAACAACUGCAGAUCCCUCCUCUGAUUAUUAUUAAACUGCUGCAAUAUGGAUUAUGUGUUGGUGUGUUCUGGUUGCCGUUGUGGUUUUCUUAUCUCUGUUCAGUCUCCUUGAACUUUAAAUAAAUAACCACUAGAUUUGUAGGAACC